AUCGGACGCAGCUAGUCUAAGCACAAUAGCUCGUCGAGAGGGGGACUAUUACGUGGUCAACGGUUCCAAAGCAUUCAUCAGCGGAGCGGGAGCUUCGCAAAUGUUCGCCUACGUAGUCAUGGUUCGUCACGAUGGACAAGCAGGAGCAAAAGGGAUUUUCUGCCUUUUGGUUGAAGAUGGUAUGGAAGGUUUUACCCAAGGAAAGAAAGAACAAAAACUUGGUUGGAAUACACAGCCUACUCGGAUUAUAUCCUUUGAGGAUGUUAAGGUACCGGUGACGAACCAAAUCGGGCCCGAUAACUGUGGUUUCAACAUUGCUAUGGCUGGUUUGAAUGGUGGUCGCAUAAACAUUGCUAGUUGUUCCCUAGGAGCUGCACAGCAGAGCUUAGACUUAGCCAUUGAUCAUUUGAAAGUCCGAAAGCAAUUUGGCAAAAAGCUAUCCGAUUUCCAGUGGAAUCAGUUCAAGCUGGCAGAGAUAGCGACAAAGCUACAGAGCAGUAGGUUGGGUGCUUACGUAUGUUUGGUCAUCUCUUUCCACGUUGAAUCUCUUCCACUUAUUUUAUACUACAACAAUUGCUUUGUUUAACG